CAUUCUAUUAAGGGCUUAAAAUUCCAUUCUAUUAAGGGCGUAAAAUUCCAUUCUAUUAAGUGCGUAAAAUUCCAUUCUAUUAAGGGCGUAAAAUUCCAUUCUAUUAAGGGCUUAAAAUUCCAUUCUAUUAAGUGCGUAAAAUUCCAUUCUAUUAAGGGCGUAAAAUUCCAUUCUAUUAAGUGCGUAAAAUUCCAUUCUAUUAAGGGCUUAAAAUUCCAUUCUAUUAAGUGCGUAAAAUUCCAUUCUAUUAAGGGCUUAAAAUUCCAUUCUAUUAAGGGCGUAAAAUUCCAUUCUAUUAAGUGCGUAAAAUUCCAUUCUAUUAAGGGCGUAAAAUUCCAUUCUAUUAAGGGCGUAAAAUUCCAUUCUAUUAAGGGCGUAAAAUUCCAUUCUAUUAAGGGCUUAAAAUUCCAUUCUAUUAAGGGCUUAAAAUUCCAUUCUAUUAAGGGCGUAAAAUUCCAUUCUAUUAAGGGCUUAAUAUUCCCUUCUAUUAAGGGCGUAAAAUUCCAUUCUAUUAAGGGCGUAAAAUUCCAUUCUAUUAAGGGCUUAAAAUUCCAUUCUAUUAAGGGCUUAAAAUUCCAUUCUAUUAAGGGCGUAAAAUUCCAUUCUAUUAAGGGCGUAAAAUUCCAUUCUAUUAAGGGCUUAAAAUUCCAUUCUAUUAAGGGCUUAAAAUUCCAUUCUAUUAAGGGCUUAAAAUUCCAUUCUAUUAAGGGCGUAAAAUUCCAUUCUAUUAAGGGCGUAAAAUUCCAUUCUAUUAAGGGCGUAAAAUUCCAUUCUAUUAAGGGCGUAAAAUUCCAUUCUAUUAAGGGCGUAAAAUUCCAUUCUAUUAAGGGCUUAAUAUUCCAUUCUUUUAAGGGGUAA